AUUACUCCUCAAUCAUGCAGAAAGACAUCAGCGAGAAGCCUACAGUGUUGAUGGUUGAAGACAUCGGCGCUGAUGACGAUCUUAAGAAGCCCCAAGUCAACAAAGACUAUUCGGGAGUGGCAGCAAAAACAGACCCAGCCGAGAUAGCGCUUGUGAAGAAGCUCGACAGAUGGAUCAUGCCCACGCUGUGGUCAAUGUAUUGGCUCAAUUAUCUGGAUCGCAAUGCCAUCGCUCUGGCCCGUCUCAACGACCUGGAGGAAGAUCUCAACCUGACAGGAACUCGUACGUUGGACCUUCCAUCCACGGAUGGUAGCCAUGAUGUUAACAACAAGCAGNAAUACCUUACCUGUGUCAGCAUUCUCUUCGUCGGCUACCUACUAGGUCAAAUCCCAUCGAAUAUGUUCCUUACCAGGACUAGGCCUUCGCACUACAUGGGAUGCUGCAUGGCUCUAUGGGCUAUCGUGUCGGCCUUGACUGCCGUCUUUCUUGGUGUUACAGAAGCACCCUACUACCCUGGUGCGGUAUACCUUCUCAGCAUCUUCUACAACCGCAAGGAGAUCGCUACACGUAUCGCUAUCUUGUACACUGGUAACAUCCUUGCUACUGCCUUUGCAGGUCUCAUCGCCGCUGGUGUGUUCCAUGGCAUGGACGGCUCGGCAGGAUUGACUGGAUGGCAAUGGUUAUUCAUCCUUCAGGGCGCAGUCACCUUUGUUAUUGCGAUCAUCGGAUUUUUCUGUCUCCCUGACACACCAUUGACGACCAGAUGGCUGACCCCUGAGGAGAGACAACUCGCCCAUGACCGCAUCGCGAAAGACACUGUUGAAAAGACGGGAGAUACCAGUGUCUGGAACGGUCUUAGACAGGCUGGGUCCGACCCAGUCGUCUGGCUCNUUGCUCUCAUGGCUCACCUCCACUUGGCUGCCAACGGUUUCAAGAACUUUUUUCCUACUGUGGUCAAGACUCUGGGCUUCAACACCACGAUCACUCUUGUUCUGACCUGCCCACCCUACCUCAUCGCCGGCGUCUCGACACUUUUGGUCUCGUGGUCUUCUGGCAAGAUGAACGAACGCACCUGGCACAUUACUGCUUCGAAAUCAGUUGCCAUCAUAGGCUUCGUCGUCGGUGCCGUCGUGAUGAACACCGGAGUCAAGUACUUUGCCAUGGUCGUCUUCACCAUCGGUACCUAUGCCGUCAACUCACUGAUCCUCGGAUGGGUCGGCUCCACCUGUGGCCAGAGCACAGAGAAGAAGGCAGCGGCCAUCUCUAUCGUAACCACGAUUAUGAAUGCUAGCUUUAUUUGGACCCCUUAUCUCUGGGAUCCAAAAUCCGCGCCCAAGUAUCAGCCCGCAAUGUUCUCGAGCGCUGCCUUCUCUGCUGGUACCGCACUUACGGCUUGGGUCGUCAAGGUUAUCAUGAAACGCCGUAACGAGAGACUCAGACAGUCUGAGGACGAGGUCCAGACUUUCUAUGUCUAC